AUGGUGCCAAAUGUGCCCAAUGUGCUCAUGGAGACUCCCUGUGAGCGGCUCCCACGAGCUGUGGUGGAACAGCUCCGGCGUGUUCAUCUCGCACAGCUGGACGAACUGUCCGAGCUUCGUACAAGGAUCCGGGGAUCCAGGGAGCUGCUGCGAAAAGAGCGAGAACUUCGACAGCAACUGGACUUGGCAAGAGACAAGGAGGCGGGUCUUGCGAAGCAAGCAGCCUCAUGCUUGGAUGACCUCAUGCAACGGCAUCAGGAGAUCAACCGACUUCGCUUGGAGAUGGAAGAGCGGAAGAAGGAAAAGGAACAAUUUGAGGCUGAAAAGGUCAGAAUGGAGAGCCAAUUGCACGAGGCCAAGGCAAAGGAGGAGAGCAGUGCCGUGCAAGUUCAAGCUUUGAAGGCUCAGAGCUUGACGGGCUGUUGGCUUGAAGAGCUGCAGAAGGCAAAGCACGAGUUUGAGGCUGAAAAGGUCAGAGUGGAGAGCCAAUUGCACGAGGCCAAGGCAACGGAGGAGAGCAGUGCCGUGCAAGUUCAAGCUUUGAAGGCUAAGGACCAAUCGGGUGAGGGGUUGGCAGACUCCCUCGUGCCAGAUCAAACUUUGGAGAAAGAUUUAGACGGGCCAGGGUCAAGCGAGGAGACAGCUGAAUUGAAGGAAGUGAGCGAAGGGAAGGAACGAGAAAUGGCCGCGACAAAGCUCCAGGCUGCUUGGCGAGGAAAGUUGGCAAGAAACCAGGUGGCCUUUAAACGCAGGAUGAAAGCAGCAGCAAGUCGAAUGUCAGCCAUUGAGGGUAUGGACGAUUUGUUGGCCGGAUUGUUGGAUGAAGAGGGUGAAGAAGAUGAGGCCCAAGAAGAGGCAGAAGAAGAGGAGGUGGAGGGGGUGGAAGAGGAGGGAGAAGAAGCUGGUGAGGAUGCAGUUGAAGAGCCUGAAGAUGCGUUGGAUGCCGCGCUAGACGGCCUGGUCCAGGAUAAGGUACCAAAGGUUGUUACUGAAGAGGGGAAGGUUCCGCCCAUAGCUGGAGAGCCAUUGGUACACGAGGCUGAUCCAGGACAGCAAGAGGAUCUUCCGCCAGACAAGGUGCAAACAGAGGCUGGACAUGGAGGUCAGGAUCAUGCAGAGCCCGAGGCGGACGCUCCAGCUGAAGAGAAGAAAAAGAGAAGGAGAAAGAAGAAAAUACCAGAGGACUCAGAUGCAAAGCAUGGUGGGGCAGCCGAAGCUGAGGUGGAUUCUAUGCCUCCCAAGGCUUCUGAACCAGCAGCUGCAGAAAAGACUCUUGAAGAAGCUGUGGCAGGUGAGGGGUUGGCAGGCUCCCUCGUGCCAAAUCAAACUUUGGAGAAAGAUUUAGACGGGCCAGGGUCAAGCGAGGAGACAGCUGAAUUGAAGGAAGUGAGCGAAGGGAAGGCAGAAAAUCCGGCCGAAAAGAGAACAUCCGUGAAGGAGCCUGGAGAGGAACGUACUCUCAGUAGGAUUUCAGAGGGGAAGUCCGAAAACAAAGAAUCAGGGAGGGGCAGUGGCAGUAAGACAACAGAUGUGACUAGCGGCAUGCAGACAGCGGAUAAAGCAGAAGCUCAAAGUGAGGGACAAGAAGCUGCCGCAACUGAGCAGAAGGCUGUUGGGGAUGAACGAGUCUCAAAGGGCUCGAUGUCAUCAGGGAGACCAAAGGAGGCAGAGAUUGGCAAGGAGAUGGAUGGAGAGCUCAAAUCGGGCAGCCGUGCAGGGAAGGAGGAGGAAGAUCCGGCACAACUGGAAGAAGCUCAAGGAGAAGACGAGGAGGAGCCAGAGGAGCCAGAGGAAGUGGAUGUUUUUGAGUGCAAGGCUGGAACAGACAUCAAGGAGCUGGGAUUGAUGCCUUCUGCUUUUGCUCCGGAUCCGGUUGAAAUUGCCUCGGUGACUCCAGACUCGUGGGCCGCGAAGUCGGGAAUUGAAGCUGGCGACGUGUUGAUUAAGAUCAAUGGGACUGCAGUAGAAGCCAUGGACCGAAAGGAGAUGAAGCGUGCAAUGCGGGACCGCCCAUUGUCUCUGACCAUCUCAAGGCAGGCUUUCGCGACGCCCGCGGAGUCUAUAGAUGACAUGGAGACGAUUGAAUGCACGGCUCCUGAAGGUGUUCAAGACUUGGGAUUGUAUCCCUCGGCGUUUCCUCCAGAAGCCAUGAUUGUUGCAAAUGUGACGCCGGGCUCAUGGGCUGAAAAGCAGGGAAUCGAAGCUGGGGAUGAGCUGGUUGAAAUUGGUCACCAGCAGGUGCAAGACAUGACAACUAAGGAGACCAAGCGUGCUAUGCGCGAUCGUCCGCUGCAUUUGGUCUUUCAACGAGUCCAGGAUCCACCGGCCUCAGCUCCUGCCUCAUCUGCUCCCACUUCCGAACGAAAAUCUCAGAAGCCAGCCCCAGACAUGACACAAGCGACGAACGAAGCUCGGAAGUCUGCAGCAAUUCUGCCCGAAGGAUUCAACCCUGCAUCCGACAGGAAGAAAAGUGCAUCAUCCAGAACAUCAAAGCCAAAUAUCCAAGAGGAGGUAGCGGUGCAGGAGGACGGGGAUGGUUGGGACGACGACGACGACGAUGACGACUGGCAACAGCCUAAGCCAGCCGACAAAAAGACAAGCAGUUCCAAGGACAACAAGGCAACAAAGGAAAAGAAGUCUGAAGCCAAAGGUGAUAAGAAAGAUGUUAAGACUGGGAAGGGUGAGAAAAGCAAGCCAAGCGAGAAAGCCAAAGAGAAGGAGAAAGACAAGAGCAAAGAAAAGGAGAAGAUGGAGAAGCCAAAAGAGAAAGGAAAGGAUGCAAAGGAUACCAAAGACAAAGAGAGCAAAGAGAAGGAGAAGACAAAAGAGGAGCCACCGCCACUCAUUGCCUUUGCCAGUGAGAUGGACACCCGCUUGGGCUUCAAGGUGGACUGGCCACCAAGCCCAUGCUACGUGACAAAGGUGGAAGGCGGUAGUUGGGCCGAGAUGAUGCAGGUCAAGGUUGACCUUCGCUUGGACAAGGCUGGUGGCAAAGAUGUUGCCAAGAUGAGCAAGGACACAGUCUUGGUGGUCGUUUCUCCACGUUAA